CACGUGACCUGUACCACAUGUCAUGUCAUGUGACUGUGAGUGGUUCCUGCUACACGGGUAAUGAUCAGUAAUCAGAAAGGACUGCUGUAUCAUGUCGGAAGAAGCGCACUAAUAAAUUUCCUUGUGUAAAAUAUGGGUCGUGUUGGAUUUUGCGGAGUCGCUGCUACUGUUAUUAUUAAUACUUUUCUAUUUCUACAAUGCGUGUCGUCAGCGGCGGCUUCGGAUGACAGCCUAUGGUACCAGGAUCUGUGCAGUUACAAAUGGGAGGCCAUUGAUAAGGACAACAAUGUGAGCUACGCUCUGAAGCUUUGCGAUUCAUCUCCAAAAACAGAAUGUGGAGAAGGAAGUGCGGUCUGUGCCCACUAUCUUACAAGUGGGCAGCAUCAGUCAGUGGGUGAGCUCUCUCUGACGAAGGUCUCGCCUGCUGUGCUCGAUUUCAACAGCUCGAAGAAAUGCGAAGACAAGAAGAGCAAUGUUCAGAGCAGCAUCACCUUUCAAUGCGGCAAAACAAUGGGCACGCCUGAGUUUGUCACCGUCUCCGAGUGUGUGCAUUACUUUGAGUGGAGGACGUAUGUCGCCUGCAGACGUGAUAAAUUUAAACCGCAUAAAGAGGUCCCCUGCUAUGUCUUUGACUCAGAUGGAAAGAAGCAUGACCUCAAUCCGCUGAUAAAACUCUCAGAUGGCUACUUAGUUGACGACCCGGAUGACGAGAUAGAUUUCUACAUUAAUAUAUGCAGAAGUCUAAAUCGUGCUGGAAGCACCUGUACUGAAGGAUCUGCCGCCUGUCUCACUCACACCUCUGGUAAAGGCUCAUUUGACAUGGGUCAACCUGUUCACCAGCUCGAACUGCUCUCUAAUGACAAACUAAGACUUCGAUACGAGGGAGUCAAAGAAAGCCCAGACUUCUGUGAUGGCCACAGUCCAGCAGUGACCAUUACAUUUAUUUGUCCCUCCACAAGGCAGACGGGAAGUAACCCUAAGAUGAUCAGCAGCACGAACUGUCGAUAUGAGAUUGAGUGGGUGACGGAGUACGCCUGCCAUAGAGAUUACCUGGAGAGUCACGACUGCAAACUGACCAGCACUCAGCAUGACAUCUCCAUCGACCUCACGCACCUGACGCACGGCUCCACAGAUACACCAUACAUGGCUGAGGCCAAAAAUGGCAAGGACACCUACUUUUUCUAUCUGAACGUGUGUGGAGGGACCAAUGCUGGACAGUGUUUUGACGACAAAGGAUACAUCUCUGCCUGCCAAUUCAAAGAGAAUGGCGAUGUAAAGAAGAUUGCUGGAAGAUACCAGAACCAAACCCUGAGAUAUUCAGAUGGUGAUCUCACAUUAAUCUACCCAGACGGCAGCAGAUGCAGCACUGGAUUCCAGCGCAUGACUAUUAUUAACUUUGAGUGCAAUGCAACUGCUGGGAACGGUCAGCCGGUUUUUACAGGAGAGUCUGACUGCACGUAUUACUUUGACUGGCAGACGUCGUACGCAUGUGUGGAGAAGGAAGACCUGCUGUGUCGAGUCACAGACCACAAGAAGAGAUAUGAUUUAUCUCCUCUUACACGAUUCCCAGAAUCGGAGGGAUCUCAGAAUUGGGUGGCGGUGAACGCAAAAGCAGCAGAGUCUGAUAAAAAGCGCAUUUAUAUGAAUGUCUGUCAUAAAAUCAUCCAGGAUGGGGUGGCCAGUUCUUGCCCUGAGGACUCUGCAAUAUGUGCCAUAGGAAAUGGGACAGCAAAGAAUCUGGGCAAAUUCCUGAAAUCUCCUGAAAAGGCAACCGAGGGUGACGACAUCAGACUGAUUUACACAGACGGAGACAAGUGUAGAGAGAAGAUGAAGGUGAAGAGCAUCAUCACUCUGAAGUGUAAGCCUGGAGAUGUGGAAAGUCCUCCAGUCCUCAGGAGUGUGUCCAGCGACGGCUGCAUCUAUGAGUUUGAGUGGUUUACCGCUUCAGCCUGUGUCCUGUCCAAAACUGAAGGAGACAACUGCAAGGUGGAGGACAUGCAAACAGGAAUUUCGUUUGAUUUGUCUCCGCUUCAGAAAUCUAAUGGAGGCUUUUAUAACAUGUCCAGUAAGAAGUAUGACUACUUCAUAAACGUAUGUGGAAAUGUUAAAGCCGCACAGUGUCCAGAAACAGCAGGGGCUUGUCAAGUUGACCAGACCGGCAAAUCGUCUUGGAAUCUCGGCCAGUUCAACUCCAAGCUUUCUUAUUAUGAUGGCAUGAUUCAGCUGACCUACAGAAACGGCUCUCAGUACAACAACAAGCAGCACACGCAGCGAUCCACACACAUCUCCUUCCUCUGUGACCGAGAGGCUGGUCCAGGAAAACCAGAGUUUCAGGAUGAGGAUGAGUACACGUAUAACUUUAAGUGGUACACUUCCUACGCCUGUCCAGAGAGAUUACAUGAGUGUGUCGUGACAGACCCCGAAACUCUUCAACAGUAUGACCUGUCCAGUCUGUCAGUAUCUAAUGGCGGCAGGAACUGGGAGGUCAUGGACUCGUCUGACAUCAGCAGCCUGAGGAAAUACUACAUCAAUGUGUGUCGUCCUCUUAAAGCUGUGCCGGGCUGUGACAGAAGAGCUUCAGUCUGUGAGAUGAAGUUCGAGGCUGACAGGGAAGGCCUGUCUGAGAAGGUGGAGGUCAGUAAUUUGGGCAUUGCUAAGAAAGGGCCGGUGAUUGUGGAGCAAAACCAGCUGAUGUUGGAGUACACCAAGGGCUCCAUGUGUGAAGCAGAUGGAAAGACCACCACAUACACAACACGCAUCCACUUCGUCUGCGCUUCUGGGACACCACCUUCUGGCCCUCGCUUUGUGGUGAACCAGAAUUGUACUGUUGAUUUUGUUUGGGACACAGAAGCAGCCUGUGCCAUUUCUACUGUCGUGGGGACAAACCAGACGUGCUCCGUGAAAGAUCCCAACACUGGCUUUGAAUUCAACCUGCAGCCGCUGGCCACUGACAAAGGAUACCGCGUCAACGUUAAUGGAAAAGACUUUAUUGUGAACAUUUGUGGUCCAGUGAAGGAUUGUGAGACUGCUGGAUCUAAAAAUGUGUCCGGCUGUGAGCUCGAGGAUCAGAAGCCGGUCAGUCAGGUUGGGGGGGAGCGUUCCCUCCAGUUCUCCACCGAUGGGGCUCUCACUCUCACAUACAAGGGGGUCAUGGACAUACCCACAGGUACCCAAGACACCUUCAUUAUUAAUUUUGUGUGUGACCAAAAGGCCUCUCCACCCUCCCUGAAGCUUAUACAGGAAGAGCUGGGCACAAGUACACACGUAAUCCAUAAUGUGAUUUUUGAGCUUGCAACUCCACUAGCCUGUAAACCUGCACCUGUGGACUGCACAGUCACUGAUUCACAGGGCCGGGAGUAUGACCUGGGUGACCUCAGUCUGGAUGAGAAGUCAUAUGUUCCUCUGGACACCUCGGAUCAGGCCCGGUUUCAGAAGUUUUACGUAAAUGUGUGUAAACCACUGCCUCGUGUUCAGGGCUGCCCUGCUGGUGCAAUUGGAGCCUGCGGACAAAUCAACAGCAGUUUUGUAAAUUUGGGAUACGUGCAGUCAAACCUCCAGGCCGCAGCAGACGGCUCCAUCAGUAUUGUUUAUCUGAACGGGGACAAGUGUGGGACAUCAGGACGUUACUCCACCAGAAUCAUCUUCCAGUGUGAUGACAGUCCUGGUGCACCGAUGUUCGAUCGCAAAGAUGGCUGUGAGUUUGUUUUCAUCUGGAGAACCUCAGAAGCUUGCCCAAUCAAAAGAGUCCAUGGUGAAAACUGCAAAGUCACAGACCCCAAGAGCGGUUAUGAGUACAAUCUCACACCGUUGGCUGGACAGGACUAUGAAGUGAAGAGUUCGACCUAUGAGUAUCAUUUCGCAGUCUGUGGCCCAAUUACAACCUCUGUCUGCCUUCACGAUGCCAGCCAAUCUGUGUCCUCCUGUCAGGUCGAGAACCAAAAGCACAGGAUUGCAGGAAUAGCCAAUCAAAACCUCACGUUUGACGAUGGGAUCAUUAUGAUCAACUAUACAAACGGGGAAACAUGUCACAAGAUUUACGAGCGGUCCACAGCUAUUCUAUUCUCCUGUGACCACAGCCGGAAUCCUGGUAAGCCAGAUUUCAUAAAGGAGACCGCAGACUGCACAUAUCUGUUUGAGUGGCACACAGCUUUGGCCUGCCCUUCCUUUAAAACCACAACCUGCUCCUACAAUGACGGCAGUGGCCACUCCUACGAUCUCUCCUCAUUGGCCCUGCACAAAUCUAAUUGGAUUGUUGUGCCAGAAUCAUCGAAUCAGAAGCAGCGUUACUAUAUCAAUGUGUGCAAGUCUCUGGUCCCUCAGACAGGUUUGUGGAGCUGCCCGUCCAGUGCUGCAGCCUGUCUGAAGGAUGGGGACGAGUAUGUGAACCUGGGGGAGGCGGAGUCUGGUCCACAGUGGGAUAAAAACGUCCUGGUUCUGAAGUAUACCAACGGAAAAGCCUGUCCUGAUGGCAAGAGAAACCGGACCACCAUUAUUCGCUUCAAAUGCAAUCCAGACAAAGUGGAUUCUGAACCCACUCUGAUCACAGCUCUGGAAAACUGUGUCUACAGCUUCGUAUGGUUCACAGCCGCAGCCUGUCCUCUCAACAGCACUGAGCAUGGAGACUGUAAAGUCACAAAUCCUGCUACAGGUCAUCUGUUUGAUCUUAAUGCGCUCAGUCGGGCGGGUGGAUAUACGGUUUAUGAUCCUGAAUCACACAGAAAGAUGUUCAGACUGAAUGUGUGUGGUGAAAUAAUCAAUGCUGGUUGUGCUACUGGAACAGGCGUGUGCAUCAAGGACAAUCAGAUGGCCAUAAGUGCUGGAAAAGCCUCAAGAAAGCUGGUUUAUAAGAAUCAGGUGGUGGAGCUCAGUUAUGAGGACGGGGAUGCAUGCUCUACAAAUUCCCGCAAACACAAGAGCAUCUUUAGCUUCGUCUGCAAGUCUGAAGGAGGAGGAACUGAUGGACCCGUGCUGGUUUACUCAGACGACACAACCUGCACUCACUUCUUCACCUGGCACACUCCUCUAGUCUGCGAACAACAGGUGAAGUGCUCUGUUUGGAACGGUACCAACCAGAUUGACCUCAGUCCUCUAAUACACCUAACCGGUUACUACACUGCUAUAGAUGAGGAUGUGGACCGGGACAAAUCACCUGACUUCUACAUUAACAUCUGCCAGCCCCUCAACCCCAUCCCAAGGGUCAACUGUCCUCCAGGGGCCGCUGUGUGCAUGGACCCUGUGGAUGGAGAACCAAUUGACAUUGGACGAAUCACAUCUCCUCCUCGCUAUAACAGUGAAUCUAAAGAGGUGGAGAUCACCUUCAGCAGCACAACUGUCUGCGCCUCUAAUCGGACCUCCAACUACUCCUCCAAGAUCAUUUUCACCUGCCAGAAAGGAGCAGAGCUGGGUUCUCCUCGGAUGAUUCGGGCUCACAGCUGCAUGUAUGUGUUUGAAUGGGCCACUCCUGUGGUUUGUCCGGAGAUCAUCGAGGCGCAGGGCUGCAAUCUGACCGUCUCUCAGCUGCGCUACACCUUUGACCUCUCAGCACUGACUGGACCUGUUCAGGUUCCUGUAACUUCUGGCUCUUUCAGCAUCAACGUGUGUGGGACUGUGGCGAACACGACUUGUAAAGACAGUGCAGUGUGUCUGAUUUCCAGUGGCUCAAGAGCUUCAUACGGGAACGCUAAACUCAUGAACCUGGACUACAAGAGAGAAGAGCAGUCGGUGAUAAUGCAGUACAGCGGGGGAGACCCCUGUCCUCAAGGUGUGCAAGGGAAGCGUCAGUCUUCGAUCUUGUUCACUUGUGAUCGAGCGGCGGGUCGUGGAAGUCCACAGCUGAUCAGCGAUACCCAGGGUUGCUCUGCCACUUUUCAGUGGAGAACCAAUGUGGUUUGUCCACCCAGAAAGAUGGAGUGCAAACUGGCAGGACAACACCAAACCUACGACCUGCGCACACUCUCUUCUCUAACAGAGCCCUGGAAGUUCAGCAAUGGCCAAGACUCCUAUUAUUUUAAUCUGUGUCAGGCCAUUCACGGAGGUCAGCCGGGCUGUGCUGCGGAGGCUGCUGUGUGCCGUAGACUGGCCGGAGGAAAAACAGAGACUCUGGGCCGGGUUCACACGCAGACCAUGGAGUUAAUCGAUGGAAAAAUCCUGGUCAAUUAUUCCAUGGGCGACGAAGUGUGCGGAAACAAGAAACCAGCCAAAACAGUCAUACAGCUGAAGUGUGGAAGUACAUUCGGCCAUCCCAAACUACUGUUCAAGGAGGAAAAAUCCUGUGAGUUCUGGUUUGAGUGGGAAACUCGAUCAGCAUGUGCUGUAAAGCAGGAGGAAGUGGAGAUGGUCAACGGGACCAUUAAAGUUCCCAAAACAGGAGCCACGUUCAGCUUGGGAGCCCUUUAUUACCGUUUGCACAAUGCCACAGGAGACAUCCGUGCCAAUGGAGACCGCUAUAUCUACCACAUCCAGCUGUCGGGCAUCACGGACAGCUCCAUUUCCAUGUGCUUGGGUGCCAAUAUCUGCCAAGUCAAGAUUAAUGACAGUUACCGCAGGAAAAUCGGCUCCUCCAGCAAAGCCAAGUAUUAUAUUAAAGGUGGAAACCUUGACGUCUUGGUUCCGUCUGAAUCCGUUUGUGGAAGAGACAAAACCAAAACUGUGUCUUCAGCAAUUCUGUUCCACUGUAGCCCAACGGCGGGAGAGGGCAUCCCAGAAUUCUUGCUGGAGACCGAUAGCUGCCAGUACCUGUUUGUGUGGCACACCUCCACCGUUUGUGAAUUUAUUUCUUCCAGCUCCAUAGACAGCACCGAUGGAGGGGAGGAGCUUGCUGGACUUUCUGGGCGGAGUCAGGCUUUAGGGGCGGUGCUUAGCCUGCUGUUGAUUGUGCUCACAAUCUGUUUGCUUGUUCUCCUGCUGCACAAACAAGACAGGAGGCAACUUGUAAUCCAGAAAGUGUCGAGCUGCUGCAGGAAAGGAAAUCCAGUAUCUUACAAAUACUCCAGGGUGAACAUGGAUGAAGACGGGUGUGAAGAUGAGAUGGAGUGGCUGAUGGAGGAGACCGGGACCCCGACGCGAGAACCACAGGAGAACGGUCACAUCACCACCAAACCGGUCCGUGCAGACGCCCUGCGCUCCUUCUCCCUGGAUGAACAGGACAGCGAAGAUGAGGUGCUGACAGUCCCCGGGGUCCGAAUGGCCCCGUCAUCCUCACGCCUAAAAUCGGCAUUACUCAAAGCAGAGAGCGACGAGGAUCUGGUAGGGCUCCUCGUGGACACACGGAGCAAAGAUAAGAGCCGAUAUGGGGAUAAAAACCAGACGAGAGCCCAGUUAGAUCCUGACGACAGCGACGAGGAUCUGCUGAAGGUUUAAGGGGUGUCAAACGGACACCCGAACUGUACUUUUGAAUGUCUCUGCCACCACGCUCCAAAUGUUGAGUUUGUUUUUGUGGGGGGUUUUCUAAAGGGAAAUCUCUCUGUGAGCUGUUUAUAAAGACGGCUUUCAAGAGCAGGUUGGUCCAUUCGUCCGUAAAAAUAGACUCGAUGCCUUCCUCACAAAAGAGGGUGUUUUUUUUUUGUCAUUUUGAUCGUUUAUUUGUUUUGUAUGUUUGUUUUUUUGAUUGAUUUUCGAAUGAUUAAUGUAAACAUUACAAGUGAAUAUUUUGGUUUUCCGGAUUAUAUAUAUAUAUAUUUUUAUUGUUAUUUAACGAUUUUGGGGUACGGUUUGUUUUGUUAAAAGGAUAGUUCACACAAAAAUGAAUGUUUGCUUAUUUUCUCACCCUCAGUGUGGUUGCAAGCAUUUUUUGGAUUAUAUUUUGAAAAAAUAUAUUUUGAAAAUUGGUGAAUAUCUGCAACUAUUGACUGGCAUUGUAUGUUUGUGGUUCCAAGCAUUGUUGAGUUUCUUUUUUCUGUCAAACAGAAAUGAAGAUAUUUUGAAGAAUGUUGGAGACCGGUAAUCAUUGACUUUCAUAGUAGGAAAAACAAAUAGUAUGGAAGUCAAUGGUUACCGGUUUUCAUCAUUCUUCAAAAUAUCUUCUUUUGUGUUUAACAGAAUGAAAAAACUCUAAAAUGUUUGAAACCGAAAAAGUACAAGGAAAGUUGAUGGUUACCAGUUUUCAUCAUUCUUCAAAAUAUCUUCUCUUGUGUUCAACAGAAUGAAGAAACUCUAAAAUGUUUGGAUCCGCAAAAGUACAAUGAAAGUCAAUGGUUACUUUCAAUGGUUACUUUCAUUCUUACAAAAGGUUUUUAGCAUUCUUCAAAGUACCCAGCAAGCAAUUUUUGUUUUUAAAAGAUGUCUAAUAGACGUAUAAACAUAGUCGUCUUGGCUCAAACAAGGCUAAAUUUGAGCUCUCAAGUAAAAGUCUAAUAGGCAAGAAUAGGCCAAUACUAGAAUAGUCAUCAAGUGAACCAAAAUAAAUGGCUACUCUUAUUAAGUCUGUGUAAUCUGUCUUUUUGACGACUAGUCUAGUUUUGGGUUAUUCUUAGAUGUCUUUUUUACUGACAGCCCAAGUUUAGCCUUGUUUUAGCCAAGCCGUCUACAUUUAGAUGUCUAUUAGACGUCUAUUAAACACAAAAUUGUUUGCUGGGUAUCUUAUUUUGUGUUUAACAACCUUAUAAAGAUUCAAAAGAAGUAAAGGGUGAAAAGCAUUUUGUGUGAACUAUCAUUUAAUUGACCCGCUCACUGGAAGAAUACACUGUUCCUGAAGUAAUCCCGGAUGAUUGUGGCAGAUGCAGUCAAAGACCUUUUCUAAACUACAAUCUGAAGCAGUAUUUCACAUAUCUUGAGCCAUGUAGCACACGGAGGAGAUUGAUCCGCUUUUGCCAUAUUUAAAUCUUCAAGUAUCAUGCUCGGCAUUUGCUUUGACUUUUUAAGCGAUGUUCAUCUUAACCAUAACAUCCAUCUGUAGGUGUUUCGUGCAGUGCUUCUUUUCCCACUAGUUCUGCCAGCAACAACAAAAAAAAGCAUGUUCAAUUUUUUCCCCGACUAGAGCUCGGAGCACAUGCAGAGAUUUAGUGCCAUGAAGGAAUGACUUUGCAUAUAGGAGCGCGGCAGGCUUCAGUUUAAUUUUUUUUUUAAUUAUUCAUAAAUGAUUGCAAUCACAGCA